AUGGAGGCCGUGCUCGGCCAGGUGGAGCAGCUGCCUGCGCUCAUGGCCGUCUCCCGCUCCGCGCUGGUGCGGGAUUGGGACUCCCUGACCCUGGACAGGGCUUUAGAGUGGGGCCGGUAUUUCCAGCACCUCCACGACCGCUUCCGCACUCGGCCUCGGCUCCGGGAGGCCCUUGGGCGGCGUUUGCGGCGGGGUCAGCCGGGCCCUCUGCUCAGCUUCCACCAGCUGGGACGCUGCCCGCAGCUGCUGGGCCUGGCGCUGCUGGAGAACCGCGCUCUACCGCCCGCCGCCUGCCGCCGCCUGCUCCAUAGCCUGCUGCAGCGGGGGAGUGGCGCUGAGCAGGCCGGAGGCAGGGGUCGGGAUGGGAGCAGCCUGGACGGAAACCAGGAGAGUGCAGCAGGAGAGGAAUGCGUUGCCGGGCCCCUGCUUUCCUGGCUGCUGGGUAACUUGGAGCGGUUUUCUGCCUUCUGCCUUUUCCUCCCAGGCUCCCUUCUUGCCUCCUUGGCUGGCCACUAUUCCCAGUUAAGCAGACCUUAUUUGGACCUCUUAACCGGCUGGGGAAGCCACUUGCUCUAUGACCCGUUGCAGGGACGGUGGGUUAAAAGUUCUCUUGACAAAGCUGAAUUGUCCUGGGAGGAACUGAGGGAGCGCUUCAGCUGCCUCUGUCAGGGAUCUGCGCUGCUCAGGGGACAGACCCAAGCCGCUCUGAAACUCCUGAAGGGACAGGAUGGAGACUUUAACGUCCGUGGCCUAAGUGUGUGGACUGACGUACUGAUGGAAGUAGAGGAAUCUCUGAGGAAAGAAGCAGAGAGCUAA